UGUUUCCCUGCUUGUCCGACUCAUACGGGGGAGCAGAGAGCUUUAGGGUUCAGACAGCUUGGAGAAGCAACCCCUCCCUCCAGAGAGACGCGCUGGAUCUCGAGGUGAUCCUAGGAGGCCAAAUCCACUACACCUUUGCAGGAAGCACAGAAAACAGAAAAUGGCACGACCAUCACUCAUCCUCACAGUACUCCUGUUAGCAAUUGUCUUAUUACCAGAGUUUCUGGGGGCCGUUCCAGUGGGGCAGGACAAGCAGGAGGAAGCAGCUGCAGUAUCUGAUAAUGUGAAAGCAGAGGCCAUGACCAACUUGAAAAAGCUGGUUCGCAACAGAAGGAAUGUCCCCGUCGUGGCUGUGCCCCAGUUCAAACGUACGCCUGACUUCUGGGGAUGGUACAAAUACUUUAUGGACAGCCACAACCAGGAGGGGGUGGAGGAUCUGGAUCGUCUGUAUCUGGCCUAUUUGCAAAACAAACAUAGGUCCGAGGAGGGGCCCACCUUCAACCACUACCUCAAACACCUCAGUGAAAUAUACAGAACCUGUGCUGAUUCCGAUGACCCAGAAUGCAUUGCUGAGUUUACCAGCAAGCCCAAAGCUGCAGUGGUCAUGCCUGCCCCUUUCAAGGCUGCUCCCAUCAGGACGUGCGACCCCUACCUUGACCCCUACUGCCUCUACCCCCUUUCAUCCAAAACUCCCGAACUGGCUCCAGCUAAGGUACCAGCUCCCAUCCUCGCCCCUGUGCUGUCCAUGAAGAGCCCCAAUGGUUACUACCAUUAUGGUCCAGUCUUGGAGCCUUUCUUGAGCCAUGAGCAGCAGUCUGAGCUGCUCAGGAUUUGCCAACCUGAAGAUGUAGAAUGCCUGCAGUAUCACCUGAGAGCAGCGUUUGGGUACCGCCCUGUGCUGGGUCCGGCUCCAUCCUAUUCUGCCCUCAAUUGCGACCCCAUGGACCCUUACUGCAAGCCCCCUUUAGUGCAAAAGGCCCCCAGUGGCUUCUAUCACCUGAUGUACUCUAGCUGUGACCCAUCAGUGGAUCCUCUUUGUGUCAGUAAAGCUGCUCCUGCUCCCCUAGCAGCUGGGGAGGCACCCACAGAGCAGCACUGCAACCCUCUCUUUGAUGUGGGCUGCAACCCUCUGAGCGCCACAAGGCCUGCAAGCCUCACCAAACCCGUCCUGGAGUACGCCCCCAAACAUGCACUUCCUGUGGCUCCUCUGACUUGUGACCCACGAACCAACCCGUACUGCAUACUGGCAGCUGCUGCCGCCCUGCGCAGGCCCCCUCUGCAGCUCCCCGAGCACCAGGUCCGCUACCAGCUUGGAGUCCGUGGCAAGACCAAGGAAGACUACGACUGCUAUGUGCACUAUGACAAGGACUGCAGCCCAGUCAAGUCUGGCUCUGAGGCUCCUGAUGAACCCGUCUGCCACCCUUACGAUCCUAAUUGUGCAAAGUUUGCUCCACCUGGCGGCAUCGAGGCCCCAAAGCCUGGAAAGGACGGCAUUAUUCUUCCGGAUCCUGACUGCGACCCCGAGUAUGACUACAACUGCAGAUUGCGCCGUGCCGAACCCGCCGCCUCUGCCGAUGAGCCAAUAGCUGAUGAAGAAAAUGGUGCAAAGGAAGCUGUUGUCCACCAAUAUGCUAUCCCACGCUUUGAGGACUUCCUUCGGGGUGUCCAGAGCAAGCACAAGUAAAUCUUACCACCAGCUAGGCAGUCUUACAGGAGGGAAUUAAGUUCAUAUGAACUUUGCAAGGCAGAACAUUUUUAUAUUAUCAUUAAGACCUUAGCAAGAUUCAAAAACAAAUCCCAAAAUAAUUCAGCUUCAAACUGCAAAGCAGUCUUAAGUUCUUUUACUAUGUCAAAGAUUGAGCCAAACAGCACAUAGUGGUAUUAUGAGGAAAUUGUGCAUUAAAUAGUUUUUGUUUGGAUCUUUGUAGAAAAGACAUGUAUGUAUAGAUGUGUAAUAGAGCAGUAGAAUUAGUCAAAUCAUGUUAGUGGGAAAGAUGUUGUUGUACAUUAUCCACAAUAUAUUUAAUGUUUUCUUCAGUCUUCAGUUACGUAAAAACUUAUUAAACCUCACCUGUUCAGUUUCUAUCACGUUCUUAAUAAAAAAGAUUGACUAAAAAAAAAUUAUUAGACUUAAUUUCUUGAAAUGAAACAAUUGU